GUUUGAGUCGCUUCUGACGCGCCACCGCAUCCAGCCGCGCUGCUUUUCUCUCAAUCGCGAAUGCACCUUGCCAGAGAUAAAUAGGUAAAACAAUGCACGCCUCCUUAUAAAUUGAACGGAGCAGUGGUGCGCGACCUAGUUGGCUCUCUGUGGUGGGUAGGGUGACAGUAAUUGUCGGACACACACCGAUCAUCUUUACCUUUCGAUCAUUCCGCAAUGUCCGUCUGAGAAAUUCUAAUUUCAGACCAAUUUGAAUAAAUCAAGAAAUUUAAGACAACAUGAUGUCAUCCAUGGAAAAUAUUGUCCGCGGCGAGGUGGUGGACGAAGCAGCCUCCGUGGACCAUGGGGGCACAGACAACCCAGCAUUGGCAGCCGAGAUCGCGAACGAGCCGGUCAUGCCCAAGAAACCUGAAUUCACCGAUGAGGAGCUCAGCUCCAUGGUGGCCUACAAGCCCAGCGGGCCACCCCAACCCCCUGUGUCCAAACUUCGGCAAGCUGCGCCGCAGGUUUUGGCAACGAUGGCGAAAAACUUGUUGCUGCUCGCUUACGGGAUGACAAUCGGCUUCCCGACCAUCGUGAUUCCAACCCUUACGAACGGCGACGAACCUAAUUUGCAGCUCACAACCGAGCAGAUCUCCUGGUUCAGCAGUAUCAACUUGAUUUGCGUACCUGUGGGCGGGCUGCUGUCGGGCGCACUGACCAACUUCUUGGGUCGCAAGAAGGCCAUGAUGCUGGUCAACCUGCCCAUCCUGAGCGCGUGGCUGAUGCUGCGGUACACGCAGAACGUGCCGCUCCUCUACUUCUCGCUCGCCCUCACCGGCUUCACCGGCGGCCUGCUCGAGGCGCCCGUCCUCACCUACGUUGCCGAAAUCACCACGCCCGAGAUGCGCGGCAUGUUGGCGUCCACCUCCAGUAUGAGCAUCAUUGCCGGCACUUUCAUCCAGUUUCUUCUCGCAACUGUGUUGUCGUGGCGAGACAUCGCGGCCUACAACAUCAUUGCACCGGUGACUGCGUUUUGCUGUCUCUUCCUGGUGCCGGACUCGCCUUACUGGCUGGCGACCAAGGGUCGAGUCGCCGAAGCGCACAAAUCUCUGGCCUGGCUCCGAGGAUGGGUGACACAAGAGGCUGUGCAAGACGAGUUCAACUACCUCCUCGAGACAGUGAAAACACCAAAAAUGGUUUCCGUCCACAAAGACGGCCACAUCACCAGGAUGGAAAUUUUCAAGCACAAUCUCAAGCCCUACACCCGCGCCACCUUCGUAAAGCCCUUCAUCCUGGUGUCCUCCGCGUUUUUCUUCGGACACUUUUCUGGAAUGACAACUCUGCAGACCUACUCGGUCAGCAUUUUCGAGCAACUCGGAGCACCGAUCGACCCCUUCCAAGCCACAAUGCUGCUCGGAUUGGUCCAACUGACAGGAACGUUACUCUGCGUGGUCGUUGUCCACUGGUCAGGUAAGAGACCAUUAACGCUUAUUUCAACCGUCGGAGCGGCCACUUGCUUCGGCAUCACGGCCACCUAUGACAUGGUCCGCCAGUCCGACCCCACAGUGACAGCCUCGUGGGUGCCACUGACCUUCCUCUUGUCCUCGGCCUUCCUCACUCACAUGGGAAUCAGACUUUUGCCUUGGAUUCUCAUAGGAGAAGUAUUUCCCGCAGACGUCCGAGGAAUGGCCAGCGGGGCCGCGAGCUCUGUUGGCUACAUUUUCGGCUUUCUGGCCAACAAGACCCACUUCUCUCUGGUGGAAGCUCUCACUCUGGCCGGCACAUUUUGGAUCUACGUGUGCGUUUCGUUGGUGGCAACAGUUCUACUCUACAUCUUCAUGCCCGAAACUGAAGGCAGAACCCUCCUGGAAAUUUCAAGGCAUUUUGCCGGAGAAAAGGUUCCCGGUUGGAAGAGAAGACGGCCAAGGAAAUCCACAAAACAAAGCAACGAACUAGAUACGACUGAGGAUGACGUCGAGGCGAGUCCCAAAAUCAACCAAAAUAUCAAGAGCGUCAACGGCGACACUCACUUGUGAAUCAAAGACUUGGCGAGUUUCAGAAUUAAAAAUGAUACAAAUCGCUCUGCGGACCAAAUCAUAUUGUCUAAGAUUUCAUGAAUGCAUAGGUUAGUGCUUUGUUAAGUGACCUGAAUCUUUUUCAAUACAUAUGCAUGUAGAAAUGCACAAGUGCACUUAUAAUAAUAUAUCACGUUCCCACAGGACGUACGAAUAAACUACAAUUAUUUUGUGUUUGUUUCUCA